AUGGCUAGCAUGAUGGGUGGUAUGGGUGACGCCAUGAAGGAGCAGGACCGGGCUGUUGGCGCCAAGAAGAAGAUUGAGGACGAGAUGGCCGAAAAAGCACCUGGCUCCAUCAAGCCCUUCUUUCCUUGCUGCGGCGGUCCGGUCGGAACCAUGGAUAAGUGCAUCUGCAUGGUCCCCGCGGAUCAGCAGGAGCAGGUGAAAUCAGCCAUUCAGAAGUUGCAGGAAGUUUCCAUCCAGACAUCUCCGCGCUUGGCGCUUAGCUGCUGCAAUCGACCUCUUGUGGUGUUCGAGAGCUUGGAUGUGAUGAGAUUCAUUUGCAAAGCAGUGGACGGAGCUGUAUCCCUGGCUGACCCGUAUGCGGCCAUGACAUCGAGACUUUGCUUGCUCGUCACCUAUUGGUCCUGCCAGGCCCUGGUAGCCGCCAGCGAGCCGGGCCAGGAGGCGCUGGUGUCGCGAGGGGGCGGCCGCGGCUUGAAGGCCGUGCAGAAUGCUCGGGAGCAGUCGUCGACGGUUUCAGGCCCUGAUGGCACCCACACGGAAAGCAAGAAGUCCGUAAAGGAGCAGAGGCUUUUCAGAGCGCACAACAAUGCCCACGUGGAAACCAAGGUGAUGUCUGAGCAGAAGCGAAAGACAACAAAGAAGGACGGCACUGUGGUCGUCACGGAGAGCAAGAGCAUCAGGAAGGUGCCGCAUGUGCCACUCUGCCCUCUCCGCAUCAGAUCCGAGGGAACAGCCUUCACGCUUCUGGUGGCUUCAGGUUUGCUAUCUCUGAGCAGCAGGGUGUCGCGGAAGCCGAGACCUGCAGUCCACUGA